UAUAACCCCCCGAGUCACACAGCCACUCAAACUCAGCACAAGGAACACUUGAUACUCCCAACACACUCUACUAAAGAGAAAGAUCUGACAUGGAUUUUAUCCUACCCUUACUACCAGUUGGUAGCAUCCAAUGGGAGAAGGUUUUACCGCCACUUUUCCCCCGUCUCCACGGGAUUUACGGACAAGAUAACUGGACACCCCAACUGCUAAUUCCAGAGACGGAGAGCACCAGUGUUGCAGAGGCAACUUGUGAUGAUAGUGGAUUUACAGUUCAAGUGGAUGUCAAACAUUUUAACCCCAAGGAUCUGCUGGUCAAAGUGAUAGGAGAUUUUGUAGAGGUACAAGGAAGACACGAAGAAAAAAAGAAAGACAGUCCCGGGAUGACAACAUGGCAGUUUAACCGUCGCUAUCGAAUUCCAAAAGGAGUGGACACCAUGGCUUUGGAAUCAGCAGUUUCUCCAGAUGGUAUUCUUAUCAUAUCUGCACCCAUGCUGCAAAGAUGUCAGAUGUCAAGAUCUCAGCCAUUUUUAUAAAACCCUUGUUUGUUAUGAUCUAAUAUUGCCUGGUCUCAGAGAUUUGUAAAUAAUGCUAUGAUGCAUCAACCUUCCAUAAUAUUUCAUGAAUGUACACUUUGUAAAUAUGAGGACCACAAUUUCAAAGCUGUUUUCAUUUAAGCAGCCAAGUUGUGAUUCUGAAGUUUUUAUUGUGUUUUGUUUCUUCUGUAAAUUUCAAUAAACUACAUACAAAAUCAAA